AUGUCUCUCCCACCCACCGAGCGCUCGCCCCUCCGCCCCGACACCAUGCGCUACACCAGCUACACCGAGUCCUCCGAGCGGCACUACGUCGACAUCGACACCUCCACGGACAUCGAAGCCGCCGCCGCCGCCGACCGCCGCCAGCGCGACGACGCCAUGUCCAGAUUCUGGAGCGACUUCGAGCACGGCGUGCUUCCGGGAUACGAAGACGCUGUGACGCCGCCGGCUUACGAGGAAGAAGAAGGAGCUGAAGGAGGGGGUGUGGGCUGCUGGCAGCGGGUGAGGAGGCUUUGGUGGGCUGUGCUGCUUUUUGUUGGUGGGGAGGUGUGCAUUUUGUAUGUUAUGUUUUGGGUGGUGAAGGGGAGGGGGAAGGAGGGACGGUAG